AUGCUGCUCGGCGCCAAGCUCCCCGGCCCCACGCCCUUUGAGAAGCGUCAGGCUCUCCGACGCGCUGCUCGCUCGCCUUUUGCCAUUUUCGUCAAUUUUGUUGCCUUCCCCAUCUUCGCCCUCGCCUUGUUGUGGAAGUUGCUCAGCUAUGACCUCGACUGCUUGUGGCAAGAGUGCAGCUCUGUCGAUUAUCGAGCCCACAAGAUCCUGAAGAAAAAUCCCUUAAUAGAUGGCCACAAUGACCUGUUGAUCAUGAUAAGAGGCCUUUACGGAAACCAUAUCUAUGAUGCAGACUUCAGCAACAAGUUUGAAAAAGGUGGCUUGGAGUAUGACAUCGACAUCCCUCGCCUUAACGAGGGAAUGCAGGGCGGUGCUUUCUGGAGCGCCUUUUUGCCAUGCCCCACAAAUGUUUCUGAUUUCUCAGACGAAGCUUAUGCACCUAUUGUGAAAGCCACGCUCGAGCAACUGGAUCUUUUCCACCGCCUCGGUGCAAGAUAUCCCAAGUAUUUCACGCCUACUCCUAAUGCUCUGGCAGCUGAGUACGCUUUCAAGAAAGGCCGAUCCAUCAGUCCAGUCAUUAUUGAGGGCCUGCACCAAAUUGGCAACUCUAUUUCUACCCUCCGUCUUUACUACCUACUCGGCGUUCGAUAUGCCACGUUGACGUGGAACUGUGAUAACAUCUACGCAGACGCCGCUUGUAGCACAGACGACAAGGGCCGAACUGUCAAGUCUAGCCCUCGAUGGGGCGGUGUCAGUACAGACGGCCGUAUGCUGAUCGAGGAGAUGAAUCGUAUGGGCAUGAUUGUCGACCUCGCGCAUGCCAGCGUCGACACGAUGCGCGAUGUCCUAGCUGGUUCGCUAGACAGAGCGUGGGGCGGGAGCAUAGCACCGCCGAUAUUCAGUCACAGUUCCGCCUAUGCCAUAUGCCCCCACCCUCGCAAUGUCCCGGACGAGAUUCUGCACCUCGUCAAGAGGCGUAACUCGCUGGUCAUGGUCAACUUCAACCCUGAAUUCAUCUCCUGCGUCGAAUCAGAUUCCCCGACAGGAAUGCCGGAACUUUAUGAACCGAACGUGACCCUUGCGCAAGUCGUUCGGCAUAUAACGCAUAUUGGCAACUUGAUCGGAUAUGAUCACGUCGGCAUCGGCACGGACUUUGAUGGCAUCGAAGACACGCCGAGGGGUUUGGAAGAUGUGAGCAAGUUCCCGGAUCUGGUGGCUGAACUGCUGAGGCAAGGUGUCAGUGAGAAGGAUUGCGCAAAGAUUGUAGGCAGAAAUCUGAUAAGGGUGUGGAAGGAGGUGGACAAGGUGGCGGAGCGGCUGCAGAAGAUGAGACUGCCACUAGAGGAUGAUAUCGGGAAGCUCUUGACUGAGGUUUAGAUGGUUGAGAAGGUUCCCGGCAUGUAAAUAUGUACAAGGUAAAUAGAUCAUAGAUAGAUCAUGGCAAAGGGAAUUUUGCCAUCUGGUUGGGGCAAUUGGGGGUUUUACUGAGUAUAGCUCAGUCUCGUCGCCUGGAGCGCGCGGCUUUAUGAACGACUUCACGU